CAAUCCCCUGUCAAGUAACCCUCCGCGCCCACUCAGCCCUGAUAAGCACCAGCGUAACCCCCACUCGUCGCGCUCCAUGGCGGACUCGGACGCGAGCUCUGGCUCCAGUAGCAGCUCCAGCUCCGACUCGGUGCUGAUCCGCGUGCCGCUGGACCAAAAACGGCGCAAGAAGCUGCGCGCGCAGCUCCAGGAAGACCAGCGGCGGCAGCGCGAGCGUCAGUCGUCGAUUUCGACCUCCUCGAGCCUCAAAACGGUCAAAAGCGAGCCCGACAGCGACCGCGGCAAGGGAGAGCACAUUUGCGUCGUUUGUGAGCGCGAGGGCGACGAUCUCGUGGUCUGUGCGGGUCCCUGCAUCUCCGCCUUCCACCUGAGCUGUCUGCCGCCCAGUAGCGGAGCCGCUGAGGCCUCAGACGAAGCCUGGCUGUGCCCCAGCUGCAAGAGUAAGACCCACGCGUGCUUCCACUGCAAACAGACAGGCAUUGAGACGCUCAAGGACGACGCGCCGGCCUCUACAAGCACUGACCCUAAUAAGAGACCCGUGCGUAAAUGCCGUGCGCUCUCCUGUGGUAAAUUCUACCACCAGGAGUGCAUUACGCAGUUCCCAUUGGCCAGAAUCGCCAUCAAUACUCACUUUAUCUGUCCGCUGCACACGUGUGCGGGCUGUAACCAGUCAGGAGCACAACAGGAGGCCGUCAGAUGCAUGAGAUGUCCCGUGGCGUAUCAUGCCAAAUGUCUGCCGUCCAACUGCGUGCGUCAGAUCUCGUCCAAGCUGAUAAUUUGUCCUAAACACGGCGAUAUCAAGCCGAAGACUGCGGUGUCGAAGCAGCUGAGUGAGGUGCAAGCACAAGAAGAGAAUGAAGACGACGUGAUGAGUGAAGCUUCGGCCAGCAGCACCAAGAGGAAGGAGAAGAAGGAAAAGAAGGAGAAACGUGACAAGAAGAAGAAAAAAAAGAAGAAGAAGAAAGACAAACACAAGCGCGACAGUCUCGCGUCCCAUGCAGACGACGAACAGGAGCACGACGACAACGGCAAGAAGCGCAAACGUAGCAAGAGAGAGUCGUUAGAAGCAGUUGUAGACAAGAACAGUCCAUCCACGCCUUCCAGUCGUCGCAUGGAAGCCAACAUCGCAGUCGCUACACCUUCAGCUGACGCAGGAGCGACGCGUUCACCGACGUCUUCGUUGGCUUUGUUUGAGAGCCCAUCGACUGCUACCAAGCGGAUACAGGAGCGACUGGAGGAGGCAUUGGGCAAGAGCGACGACGAUUCCGACGCUUCGACAGCCAGUCCGCUGAAGAAGAAGCGCUCUAGUAGCGAGAUGUCCGCUAAGAGUGAUGGUGCAGAGCAGACUGUGAAGGAGGAACGACCUGUUGAGCAAAAAGAAGGUCAGGAACAGACGAGCUCGCCGGUACCUUCGUCCCCGAUCCCUGCGAGUCCGUCAGCCGAUAAUGAUUCGGUAGAAGCGCGCUCGUCUGCGGAAGAGGACACUCCGGAUCGCAAGCAACAGCGUCACGACAGUCAUGAUAGCAGUGAACGUGGCGAACAACGGCCAUCUAUUGACGGAGAUCUGAAGCUGGAGAUCCCCAAGUCUCCGUCCGCCAGUGUGUUGAUCCCGUCAAGUACUGUAGGCAGUUUGAUGCUCAAACAUGUUCCAAGUGAAGACGAAGACGAGGAUGAGGAAGCCACAGCGGAGUCGAACGCUGAUGCCACACCCAAAACCCUGAAAAAUGGCAGAGGUUACGGCAAGAAGAAGAGGAAAAACAAGGCAAAGCGAGAAGCGCGCACACUGAAGAGAGAGACGAGCGAAGAGGAGGAAGAAGAAGUGAACGAGGCCAAGUGGGUCCAGUGUGACAGCUGCAAGAAGUGGAGGACUGUGCCCCGAGAUUUCAACCUGGACGCCAUGCCCAAGCACUGGUACUGCAAGAUGAACACGUGGGACGAACGAUUCGCGUCUUGCGCGGUCGCUGAAGAGGUUCUGAAGGCGAAUCCGUCCCCACAAGCAGGUAAACGGAGGAGCAAGUUGAAGGCCAAGUCCAAGUCAACGUCUAGUACAGGAGACGACGGCUAUUCUUCGUCUGGAUCGGGUGUAUUGAAGAGAUCAGGAGGAUCGCUGAAGGGCUCUGUUACCGACAUGACUGCGUUGGAAGACAAGGACAAACACUCGAGGAAACACAAGGACAAGACGUCGAAGAAACGCAAGAUGACCAAGCAGCUGAAGGAGAAAUACCGCGAAGUCAAGUGGGUGCAGUGCGAGAGUACCCAGUGCGGCAAGUGGCGAGUCGUUCCUGCGUCAAUAAACUUCGAUCGACUGCCCGCUGUGUGGUACUGCAGCUUGAACACGUGGGCGCCUGAGCUGGCCAAAUGCAGCGCUCCGAAUCCUCCUGAAGUCGAUACGUUCUUGUUGAAGCAGAACAAGAAGGAAGGACGUCCAUCCAAGAAAGCUCGAGCGUCUUCGUCCUCUAUAGACGCCACUCCAACAGCCUCCGUGUCUGUUGCUCUAAGUGGCGGCAUGACGCCGACAUCUUCGACCAAUGAUCUGACUAAAUUGAAACACGGGAAGAGCUCUACCAAGCUGACAGGGAACCCAGCAGCUAGUGGAGGGAAUACCGACGCUAGCAGUAACAACGGAGACGGCAAAGGAAGAGGACGCACCUCUAGUGGUAUCAAGAAGACGGUGUUGGAGUGGGCGCAGUGUGAAAAAUGCAACAAGUGGCGCAAGUUACCGCAACAUAUUAAAUCCUCCACUCUGCCGGACAAAUGGUACUGCUCGAUGAACCACUGGGACCCGUCUCACGCCAAGUGUAGCGUCCCGGAAGAAGCAGAUCAAGAACCUCUGCCGUUGCCGCCUCAUCCUGGUUCGCAGUGGCAUAAGGGAGGACACAAGGGUCAGCGUACGAAGCGAGGAAAGUUGAGUUACUCGGAGCUUCUCUACGGCAGCACUGGGCAGCUCCGCAAGGCUUAUACUCGCGAAUCUUCGACACUAUCGUUCGAGUACGAAGGCGUGACGUAUCAUCGGGAUGACCAGUAUAAACACAGCAGCAUGUACGUGUCUCCCGCGGCGAUGGCGGCUGCUGCGACGAUGGCAGGAUGGAGUGGAAGUGACCGAGUAAACCGGGAGACAAGCUGCAAGAAUGACGCCAAAGUGGACGCACUAGCAGCGGCAACGCCGCCCCAAGCGAGUGUCGAGCAGGUGGCUGCGUUGGUGCUGGAGAAUAUGGACUUACGGCGUCGUCGCAGUGUGUCCGAGCUCUUUGAUGCUGUCAAUUCAGCUCAACGAGGGUCCGAGACGACAGGCCUUGCAUCGCUGGCUGUGGUUACGGCCGCGUUAGGACAGCUGGAGCAUCGUGGCUUGGUGGAGAAAGUGGACGAGUUCUCGGACGAAGAGGAGCCGCAUAAGCGACAGAGACUGGACUCGCUCUUCAACGGCGCGUUCUCCGUGCCCACACAUUACCGGAAGGUGCCUACGCGGCCGUUAAAGGCGUCGAAAUGCUGGAAAUUCGGGAACGUCGUGGCGCUCUCGUCAGUAAAGGACUGAUAUAUUCUCUUCAAGAACUAAGGAGGUGAAAAUGUAAGUGCAUUAUUCUCGCAGAGGUUUGACUUGUGGUCUUUACUAUGUCCUUGUUACCAGGCUCCUCCAGCUACCAUGACCUUGAGCAGCUCUCGACGUUUACGAUGCAGUGUGGCUUCUUUGUCUGCGAUGGCUAGAGUGUCGAGACUCUCAUUGCAGUAUUGCUCGAAGAACGCGUUGUGGUCGGGGACGACUGGCUGUAGCAUCACACUGUUGUCUGUAGGCUUAUUGUGAGGGUCUGGACUGGGCAGUGAGGCGUACGAUGUGGAGUGCAGAGCUAUUGGUGACGGAGCGGAUGAUUUCUGGCCGCGUUGAGGAGAUGGCAGCUCAUCAGCCAUCCGUAAGAGCACAGUUUCAAGGAGGUCGACUGCGGUGCUUUGCGUUGUGAUACUUGAUGGAGCAAAAGCUAGAGAGCCUGCACCUGUGUCGCUGGAGAAGAGCUUUUUGAUGUUCGAGCUGGUCUGCAAUGACUGUAAGUGAGUGGAUAUUUCAUAGCAGACAGGAGCACAAACGUACCAGUUCUUCUUGACGCUGGAAGGAAGGGAAACACACCAAGAGGAUAUCACGCCAGCUGUACACGUUCACCUGUGCAUCAGGAGGUUCUGCAACUGCAGCAAGUACCUCCUGAUUGCCCACAAUACUCGAACUAGAACUCUGUGCUAGGCUGCCGAUCGCCUCAGCCGUCCUGACGUCAUAGAAAAUGACCAUUCCGCUCGAGAACUGCACAAGCGCCAGGGGGAUAUCUGCUGCUGACAGUGUAAGACUUGUCAUCGAACUGGAUACUACACGUGUCAGUACAAGUUUACCGCGUUCUCUAACGUCGAAAAAGUAGAGUCGUUGCUGGGCUUUCGAGAGUGCUACGACGUAUUCAGCCUGGUACAAGAUGACGCUGCUAAUCGAAGCCUUGUCUUCAGACGAGAGGAAGGCGUAGUCGACGUCGCGCAGCACGUCCCACACGACAAUGGAGCCAUCUUGACACCCUACAGCGACGUACUGCGUCGUGAGAUCUUGAGCGGAAGCUGUGAUCUUAGCCAAAUGCUCCCAUAAUCUCACUGGAGUUAAGAGAACAGGAGACGAACUGGCACUGGUAUUAUCUGUAGACGGGAGCACGUACUUCAGUAACUUGAGCUCGUGGCACACUGCUAGUGCGUACGUGUUAGGUACUCGUGUCUGAGGACGACUAGUACAUGGUGCCACUAGGAAAUGGACCUUAGGUCUGCAUUCUUCUUCCGUUGAAGACGAGCGCGUUGACUCCGGAUCGAUUCGAAAGGCUGGAGAUGUCAACGCUAACGGCUGAUGUUCACCUUGGUCGUGGUCAAUGAAGUACAAGGCAACAACUGCAGAGCUUACGGAUGUGACAGCGAGGAACUUGGAGUCGGGGGACAAAAUAAUCGAAGAAAUCGAGGACUCAGGACUUUGCGGAGUCACAACAGCAACGAGUUGACAGAACUCGGUCUCUGAGGUUUUUACUGUGUAGAUGUUUACACACUCGCGAGUUGCUGACGUUGGAAGCUGGACAUCGGUGCUUAGAUCUGCGCUCACAAACUCGGUAGUCGUGGUCUCCAUGACAUGAACAGCAAGACCGCAGCUGCUCUCAGUUGCUAGUUGGAGCGCGCUGAGCUGUUUAAUCGACACGUGAGUGUUUGUGAUGGUCUCUGCAGUCCCAGCAGCCACGGCCUCAAGUGGAAAUGCGAUGGGAAAAUCUCCCAAUACCUUGACAUUGUCAUCGCUUGUGCUUAUAAUUCUCAGAGUUGGCGCAUUGUCGUUGUUUAUUGCGGCUACCACGACGGGUACGAGACAGUGACCCACGACUUUCUGGGCUUCACUUUCGAGUGGAAUUCGGCGCGAUGGCCCGCAAGAUCGGCUUCUAGCGACAUCAUAGUCCUUUAAUUGGUCGUGGUUUGAUUCCGAUCGUCUAGAUCUUGAGGAUUCCGUGGCAUCUUGAGUGGUGCUUUCAGAUUUGUAUCGAGUGCUUUCCAACUUGAUAGUUUCCCACGCUCCAUCGAAGAUAUCGUAGUCCAGAAUCUUUUUAAUACGUCGAUAAGGUUGUGGCAACUGUGUGAACUGCAGAUCUGGAUCCACGUGGUCGGCAGGUGCAUUCAGCGCAAUCCAGCGAAGAAAUUUCGUUGCUAGCAUAGCCCCAUUGGGUUCUUGGAAUUGGUACCAGAGUAGUCGUACUUCAGAUCGACCGAGAACCACAUUGUUCGCCUCCAACACGUCGAAAAAUACAUCGGGGGGAAUAACCACUCGUCGAGAAUUAAUCAAGUCACCAAGCACUUCCUAAGAUCACAGCAAUGAUGUUAAUUUUUUUCUGAAAAAAAAAGAGUACUGAGAAUACUGGAUACCUUCCACGUUGCAUCCCAUCGCGCUUGGUCAUGAACGCAAACCGCUCUAAUGCGAACAUCAAGUUAGAUUUUUUUCUUACUAUAGAGAUUAAGAACAUGUACACAACGCGUUUACCGGA